GACCUUAGUAGCCGCCUCUGCGCAAAGCUCGGCGUCCCCUAUUGGCUGAGCGUUCUGUCAGUCAAACGGCCAGCGGGGCAGUACUUCAAGGGAAAGCCUCCCGAGAGGCCAAGAGUGGCGGCGGUGCUGGCGCUGCCGCGGGAAUGAGGAGACGCCGCUGAAGAACAUCGGCCGUCCGGGGAGCGUCCACGCCUGAGGAACCGUCGCCGACAAGAGUCCACCAUCUGCUGGAAAAGAUGGGGAACGUGGAAAGCAGCAGCCAUUACCAUGAGCACCUCUCGAGGUUCCUUCCUGAUGAACAAGCCGACAUUGACAGUGUCUUCGUUGCCAUAUCCGGGUCGGGGGAAGCUGUUGGAGGAAAGGGGGGCAAACCAGCCAAGAAGGGUGUUACUCUGAUGAUGCUCAAGGCCCACGUCAAGGAUGCCCUCCCUGAAUCAAUGGUCAUCCGGCUGUACAAUGGGAUGAAGAGCAUCCCGCUAGCCGAGAAGUCUCCUGGGUCCAACGGGCAGGUGGGGAAGGAGCAGUUUGUCGUUUUCAUGUCGGCACUCUUUAAAGGCAACGCCGAGGAAAAGAAAGGCAUCGUCAUGAAAAUGAUAUCGAACACGGACAGCACCGUGAAGGGAAGUCAGAUCAUCGAGUUUGCAGAGGAUCUGGUUGGCUCUGUGGUUCACGUCCUGAGCUACAGGAAGAUGCUGAAGGGCUGGAACUUGAAGAAUAUGCAGAAUUCAACCACUGGAAUAAAAGCUUUGGCGUCUCAGUUCAUGUCGGAGUUGAAAGCAGCAGAUGGGAAGAGGCUUGAGGGUGGUCAGGUGCUGGACGCUAUCUGUGACGAAAGCAGCAUUGAGGAUUGGGUCUUCCGGGUUCCACAGGUCUCCACUUUCCUCAGUGUGGUCGUCCAGCAGGGGCUGUUCAUCCUGCACUCUCUCCCGGACCAAGAGCAAGAGACCCUCCCUUUGCUUCCGGAGUGCCAAGGGGUCAGAGACAGCCGCUUCGUCAGCCUCCUCGACAUCCCGUCCGUCACCUACAUCAACUCUCACCUGCCUUCCAAGCUCCAGCAUAAAUGGAGGCUCCUCUUUGUCUCCCAGGUUCACGGCCAGAGCUUUACGCAGCUGUGCGGGCACAUUGUCAACCAGGGGCCCUGUGUGCUGGUUCUGAAGGACACCGAUGGCUACAUCUUUGGUGGUUUUUCGUCGUGUUCCUGGGUGGUUAAACCACAGUUUCAAGGCAACAACGGCUGCUUUCUGUUCUCUGUUUCCCCCUCGCUUGAGGUCUUCACUAACACCGGCUACAACGACCACUACAUGUACCUGAAUCACGGGCAGGAGACAAUGCCGAACGGCCUUGGCAUGGGCGGACAACAUGAAUACUUCGGCCUGUGGAUCGACAGCAACUAUGGGAGGGGCCACAGCAAAGCCAAGCCCAGAUGCACCACGUACAACAGCCCUCAGCUGUCGGCCAAGGAGAACUUCACGUUGGACGCCAUGGAAGUUUGGGCAGUGGGAGACCCAGAAAGUGCCGCCGGGACAGGGCCGAAGAGCGUCCUGGACGCAGACCCCGAGGCCCAGGCUUUGCUGGAGAUGAUCGGGAAGGGCCGGAAGAGCGACGGGUUUCGGGAUCCGGGUGAUGGCGACGGGGGCGACAACUGAGAACAAGGCCUGGAAGCUCUCGCCUGAUGCUUUGUGCAGAGCAGUCUCUGAUCUCUCUUCAACACCGCAUGUCAAAACUCGAUAACACAAA